AUGACUCCCAAUGACAAUGCCCUAGCCGCCGCGCGAGCCGUCAUAGCCUCUCGCCGGCCGCCUAGAGCGGCCCUACGUCGUGCCACAACACCACAACGAACCCCCCUUUCUAUCCGCAAAGCGGCUUCUAGCGGAAAGGAGCAGCUUGAGGCUGCCGCAAAUACAAUCAGGCAGCGACGAGAUCCAUCAUCAAGACCUAUGUCUCAGAACUGGCUCGCAGGCUGGCGCCAAAGUCACCCUGAGGUCAAGAAGACCUACUUGAAGGCCGUCGAGAGAGCACGGAAGUCUUUUGAAGCGCAGAGUGUUGAGGAAGUGAAUGACUUCUUCUCUAACCUCGACGAGACUAUCAAGAAGUUUCGCAUUGGGGCAUCGGAGAUUUGGAAUGAAGAUGAAGCCGGCAUUCGGAUCGGCUGCUUGCGAGAACGCGUACACGUUCUCGUGACCCGCACCACACGCGUGAAGAGUCGGGUGGAAGUUCUCGAUCCGGCGAAUCGAGAAUCCUGCACAGUUAUUGGCACGAUCAAUGCUGCAGGGGACUCUCUUCCUCCCUGGAUCAUCUUCGCGCAUUUCCCUACCACGAAUUGGGCCGGUAUCGCUAUUGAUAGUGGCGUCCGCUUUGCUCAAUCACCAACCGGCUUCAGCAACGCUCAGAUACAUCUCGAAUGGGCGAGGCACUUCAAUCGCUGGUCCUGGGCAUCCUCAGCGCAAGCACAACGCUCUGGGAAGUCACUAGAACAAUGGUUUGGCUGUGAUGAGCAUCUUCGUGUUCCAAACCUUGGGAUGACGACGGUUGAGGCACCUCCGACCCAACGGGACGAGAAAGAUAGGAUUUUCCGGUUGCUCGUUGUAGAUGGCUUCACAGGGCACACGACUCUCGAAUUCGCUGAAUACUGCAUCAAAUUUGAUAUCAUCAUCGCCAUUCUCCCCCCUCAUUCCACACACAUCAUGCAGCCGCUAGAUGUUGGUGUUUUCCAACCACUGAAAGCGGCACACCAGAAAGCUCUACGAAAAACACUCGCAGAGGGCCACCUUGCUUUCUCGCGGGUUGACUUCCUCAACGCUUUUUAA